UUAACACAAGACCUUCAACAACAGUGUAACGUUUCAUUUAACGAGGGGGGAAAAAAGUGUUGUUUGUGGCCAUUCGUGCGUAAAAAUGACCAAAUGCUCAUUAACAUGAGAGUUAUGGAACAGUUCUUACCUUCAGAGUUUGAAGGGACCCAUGCUCUGUGAUGAGAAGCUGCAGUGAUGAAGAGUUGUGGAGCUGAACGCCAGCAGGGUUACAUCACCUGCACCGCCGAAAUAUCUCUUUUCUUCGCGUUCGAGUUAAGCGGCGCCGAGUCCUGCGGUGAGAGGCGGCGAUGAUCCAAACCCCACAGAACUCAUCGGAAACAGACACAAACGGAUCUGUCUUCGGCGCACUCCUGUGUAUGAGCUAUGCGGGCAUUUCACGCCACAUUACACCCUGCGAGCCCCCCUCCUGGCGCAACUCGGAGCCAAGUUAUGGAUCUGGUGUGUGCGUCGGAGCAGCUGGUCGCAGUUGAACCGCGUGCCAGGCUUGUGUUGAUGCCCCAGCUGUGCAGCGAUCACCAUCACUUACACUGCGGAGCCACAGUCCCUCCUAUCGGCAGCCUCACAGCAACACCACAGUCCGUCCACAUGCAGCCACGCAACAUUACACACGCACGCCAUAAACAACACGCACGUGAAGGCAGCAUUGCUCAGUCCUGCCCUACCAGGAAGACGAGGAGGACCUAAAGACAAAACACGCCCUAUCUCAUCAGCAAUCUGGUCAUUCCAGGAGAUUCUCAUGGAAUUCCCCCUCCUUCAUGCAUCACUAUAUAACAGGAACAGAGGGGAAGAGGCCCAAAAGUAAAAGGAAGACACUCUUUCUAUCACUGCACAACGACCACAACAAUGGACAGUCAGGAGGUGGGGGAUUUACUGGAGGAGUGUGUCAAUACAGCAGCAGCAGCUCAUCAACAGUCCUCACAGUCCACUGAGGCAGCGAGGCAGAAUUACCACAGCUGCAAAGGCUCGCUGUGUGCAGAACUGGCUUCCCUCCUGCAGGAGGCGAUGGACAUGAAGUGGCCCUUUGUGCCAGAGAAGUGGCAGUACAAGCUGUCAGUCAGUGCCAAAGACAAAACCAACCUUAAUGACCUGAUCAGCAAGCACCUACCACAACUCCUGGCUGUUCUGAAGGCCUCCAUCAUGGCUCAGGAAGCGCGCACGGCACAGGCAGUGGUUUUCUUAGUGGACCGUUUCCUCUACUGGACAGAUGAGUCGAGUCGCCUGCUCAAGAUCACAAAGCUGCUCCACAGAUGCCACCCUGACACUCCCGUGGCCCCCCAGCUGGUCAUACGACAAGCCAGGGUCUACCUCAACUCUGGCAAACUGCAGAAGGCAGAGUACAUCCUGAGUCGUCUUAUCAACAGCAGCGGAGCCACAGGUUGUUGGUUGUACCACUCUGAAAGUGACAGGGCUCUUGUGCAGGCUGUCAGCGUUCAAGUGCGUGGGAUGAUUUUGCAAAAGCUCGGCCUGUGGUUACAGGCUGCAGAGUUGAUCUGGGCCUCUCUGGUCGGCUACUACUCCCUUCUUCAGCCUGAUAAAAAGGGCAUUUCAACUUCACUUGGAAUACUGGCCAACAUAUUAGUGUCAAUGAAUGACGAGGACUUUCGUGCCUUUAGGACAAAUCAAAAUAUCGAUUUGCAAUCUUUACUUGGGACUGUUAGUCAUCGCCUUCUUUCAGCGGCACAGGCAGCAAAGAUGGCAGUGGUUUACAGCCAGUACACUUCACUCUAUGUGUUGACUAAUGUGGCAACUCAAGGAACCUGCUUGUUAUCAUACAGUUUUUCAACUGAGUGCCUUGACUCGCAAAGGGAGUCUUUCCUCCAGCAGGCCAGGGAGGCAUUUGCAAUCGGUCUGCUCACCAAAGGAGAGGGUGAGCAGGUCACAAGCCAGCAGGAGCUCCACACCUUCCUCAAAGCUGCCUUUUCCCUUACUGUCACUCAUAAAUGGCUUGGCACUCCCCAGGAGGUUGUGGUUCAGGCGACACAAGCUUGCCAAAAAGCUUUAGCCAACUUCUAUGAUUACUGCCAUGCAGAUAAGCAAGACAAAGAUAGCCUCUGUACUGCGAUCAUACGCUCGGUAACCCGGGUCAAGCAUCUGCUGCAAGUGGAGCCCUUCAUUAAUUCGGAUAUGGCGUCUUUUAUUCCUGACAGCUACAGGGAUAUCAAAGACACUUCAGUAAAUUUCACUCUGGCAAGUUUCUCGAAGGUGAUGCAGAGAUUUCAGAAGUUCCAUGCGUCACUAUGCAAGACAACCGACCGAAACUGUAAAAGUAACAAAGAUGAGAUGGAUGGGGCAAGGCUGUGUAUAACUGCAUUGGGGACAACCCUUGGUACACUUAACACAGAAUGUGGCACUGAGGCUUUAAAAGUGUCCAAAGCUACACCUGAAGGAGAUGAUUCAUCAGCUGUGCAUCCACAGCAAAAUCCCAACCAGUGCCCCACUCUAGGAAGCACUGAUGACCUUGGCUCGUCAUGGCAGAACUUUUCUUUGAGUAGUUCUGGUUUCUCUUGGCCCAGCAGCAGUGGGUACACAGGAAGUGGUGUCUUAGGAGGUGGAGCAAAUACAAGAGAUCAAAACAAUCUGACCACUGAGGUUGAUGAAGAAAAAGCAGACAGCAUGUUUCAGUUCCCUGAUAAAAACAAGAAGCGAGACUUGAAUGGGUAUAGCUCCAGUGUAAAUUCUAGUCAAUUUCCAAGGUUCACUGCGUCCGCCACUUCCUCGUCGAAUGUGAGUAGUGAUUCAGAGAGAUUUGAAGUGAUGCAAGCUGGAGUAGAAACACUAGACACUGACGACUGGAUGCUCACUGGUGCUGGAUUGGCACAGAAACCGACGAGUGUUGAAGGAGAACCACAAUCCCUGUCUGAGCUAACUCUCAGGACAUCCUCCAGCUCACUCAACAACAGUCUCAGUUCCCAGUCAUCAUGGGAAAAAAUGUCCACUGACAUGAAUUCCCCCACAAACGGAAAACCUCAACCCACUGGACUAUCAAAAGCAGGAACCAGCCAAAGUAGCAAGUCACAGGAGUCAGACGGGAGCUUCUGUCUCUUGGAAACACUUGAUUCUGAAACCAGUGAUGUCGCUCGUGGUCCCACAUUCAAAGAUCAUACAUCAGGCGGGGAAUAUGGAGCAUCUUCUAAGCCACAAAACCCAAACAUUGACACAGCUGACUCUGUCACACCUGCUGCCAAGAGUUCUUCAGCCACCCCUCACCCAAAUAUGUCCCAGUGUGCCUCCACUGAAACGUCCACAGACAUUUCAUUUGAGAUGGUGGAGGUGAAUGAAGUCUCCUCUACAGAAAAAGGGGAUUCCACUCAGGUGAAGAACCCCUGGUGCUACAGCUGCCUGAUGCACAGCACCAACGGUGGCAAUACCCCAAAGAGGCAAUAUUUGUUGUCGCACAAGGAUUACCGAGCACUUCUGGCUGGUGUUUGCCAUGAAUGUUUGCUCAAGAGGUUACACAGUGAUGCAGUGCAAUUCAAACUUAAGGAGGACAAAACUUCCUACAGUGCUCUUCAGCUAAAGUUCUCCAAGGCCAAUGGACUGUGGACAGCGAGGGAGACCUGUGUCUACAUCGGAGAGCCAAUGGGGAUGCAGGGCAAGCAGAGAACAGCAAUAUGGGUGCAGUUUUUACACCAGGAGGAGAGGCUGAGCAGUUAUGUGGGCAAGGACUAUCUGAAACCGAAGCAAAUCCAGUUCCACCUGAGAGACGUGGAGCGACAGAUGACAGCCCAGUACUACGUGACCGAGUUUAACAAGAGACUCUACGACAAAGAUGCCAUGGCCCAGAUCUUCUUCAUACCCUCAGAAGCACUGCUGAUUUUGAAUGAAAAUGAGAUUGUGGGCUGUGUGACGGUGGAGCCCUACAUGCUCGGUGACUUUGUCAAACUAACAAACAACAAAGAGAAGAAGGACAAGCGUUUCCACGCAACAGAAUAUGGCCUCGCCUUCGGACACUUCACCUACCUGUUCUCUGACCGCCAGGAAGUUGUUGUCGACCUGCAAGGAUGGGUGACCGCCAAUGGCAAAGGGCUGACCUACCUCACUGACCCGCAGAUCCACUCCACGAAGGUUCCUCAGGGUCCCUCCAACUUCUCUGCCCGAGGCCUCAGGUACUUCCUGGAGGAGCAGCAUGGGCCAGAGUGCAAUGGCAUUUGCGAGCUGCUCAACCUCCCUCCAGUGGUCGGCGGGUCACAUGUUCUACCCUAAAAAGUGAAAAGAUAUUAUGUCAGUGAUGCUGUGUGAGCAGUUUCUGAAACUAGAACCGAUGAGCUAAACUACACUACUACUGUGCGUACUGUGUUUUAGAUAUCGUUGUGGUUUGCAUGUUCGUCUGUUCCUCUUAAUUUAUCAUAAUUAACAAUAAAAUAAUGUAUUUUCAGUUACCUAGUCCUAGAUACACUAGGUAACCUCGGGUUUUGUUUUUGAUAGCCAUAGAAUAUCAGAAAAGAUAUUAACUGAAUCAAUAUUUCUGCAGUGUACUAAAACAAGAAUAGGUUUUAGGCAAAUGCAGACUUGCAAAUUAAAAGUGAAAUCCUCGAAUUUCUGAAUGUUGUGCUACACUAAACUGUUAACAAUGUGGUACCCGUGUUAACAUGGGUGUUAUUUUUGUUUUGCCCUAUAGAAUAAUUGUUAUAUGUAUAUAAACAGAUUUUUGGCCUGGAAUAGUUUUUUACACAGUGUUUGACACAAAAUAAAUAAAAUAUAGAGUUUUGCAAUCUUU